UAAAGCAAAGAUCGCUUUUACAUACUGUCGACAUUCAAAUGAAGCAUCAGCUUGACACUGUUCGAUAACGUAGUGUCGUGAUUAACAAAGUCCCUUUGUAUCGAUGUAAUAUAGUUAAAAUUUAAUUUUCAUGUCAAAAAUGUAUUGUAAAGAUUAAUAAUCGAUAGAUAACAGUUUUUAAAUUAUAAAAGUGGCUCAGAGGAGCGAAUCGGUACAGUUAGUGGAGUGUGUAUUGUACCACGAAGUGAGGGAUUAUUUGAAAAGUUACAAAAAAUUUAGUAUGAAAUUGGUUAUUCUUUUGGCGCUGUGUGCCGUUGCAGCAGCAGCCCCUAAAGCCAACAGAGAUGCUUUUGCCAUAGAGGAGUUCGAAAGAUUUCAAGCUACUGGAAAUCGCAACAUUCUCAUCAAUGCUAUCAUAACGACGCUCUUCCAACGUCUUCGCUCUAUAAUUUUAGAAGGAUGGGAAGAGAAAGGAGUUCCCGUACUUGAUCCUCUUGUGAUUGAAAGCACGCAUAUCACUAUUCCUGCAGAAAUCAUAAAUUUGGAUCUGCAACUGAAAAACGCUCAAGCAACGGGAGUGGGAGACUUCGUUGUCCACAAAAGUAUUUUGAAUGUUAACGAGAUAUCCUUCGAUGUGGACAUUUCUGUGCCAACACUCGAAAUCAGUGCUGAAGAAUAUGACCUGCUUGGUGACUUCUUUGCCGCUAUUCCUCUGUAUGGAAAGGGUGGUGCCGUAUUCCAUAUUGAAGGAUUCAGAUUUAGCGCAAAACUAUUCUUGAAACAAUCUGAGGACGAGAAAUCUAUCCUUAUCGAACGAAUUGAAAAUCUGACGUUUGUCAUCCCAGGAUUCAAGUCAAACUUGGAUGGCGCUGUUGGCGGAGGAGACAUUGACAAUAUUGUGAACGCACUUGUCGAGGAAGUAAUCAUCGACUACGUGAAUCGUUUUCGCGGAGCUAUUGCAAAGGUCGCUAACGGAGCUUUAGUGAGAAUCCUAAAUACGUUCUUGGAUGGUCUAAACACCUGGCAUUACCUGGCUAUGUUACUACCUAAAUGAUUUUGAGUUCGCCCAAUAAAAAGAUUUGUUUCUUA